AUCCCUCUGUUAAAAGUAACCAAAGAGCAAAAACAAAGAAAUCGCAUACGAAAACGAUGAAAUUGGUUUUCAUGGUGGAUUGAGAGGACAACUCAUCUCCACACAGUAGUAAAAAACUAAUCGUAAAUUUCAUUUCUUUAUUUUGGGUUUCUCCAAUUUUCGACUCCAUUGUUCUUCUCCUUCUUUUUAAUCUUUCGCAUAAAAAGCCAUGUGAGAUCUCUCCCCUUCACUUCCCUUCCCAUUUCCACUACAGCCUGUGCUGAAUCAGAAGCCCACUUCAAAUUGAGCUGCGAUUUCUUCAAUCCCGAGCUAACCGGGUCGCAAUUCGACGGGCAUUUUCGGAGAUUGAGUGGUUCGAUUCGCGCCGAGUCAAUGCGGCGGCGGGGUGCGGAUUUCCGGCGCCCGGUGAGGCGGAAAUUUCCGAAUGUGGUGUGGCUGGCGCUUUGUGGGUUUGUGAUUUUGCUCUUUGUGUUGGUGUUGAGACGCGCGAACCAGCGGCCCGCUUCGAGAUCGGUUUAUACCAAGAGAUCCCCUAGGCAUGAAAGAUUUAUGGAAGGCUUUAACAUCACAGACGAAAUGUUAAGUCUUGAUUCUGUAACGAGGCAGUUGAACGACCAAAUUUCUUUGGCAAAGGGAUUUCUGGUUAUUGCGAAAGAAAGCAACAAUCUGCAAUUCGCAUGGGAACUCAGUGCCCAGAUUCGAAACUCACAGAUCCUUCUAUCUAAUGCUGCACUAAGACGAACGCCACUGACAAUCAGCGAAUCAGAAACUGCUGUUCGUGAUAUGGCACUUCUACUCUUCCAGGCUCAGCAACUGCAUUACGACAGCGCUACCAUGAUCAUGAGAUUGAAGGCCAAGAUACAAGGUCUCGAAGAACAAAUGAGCUCGAUCAACGAAAAGAGUGCAAAGUAUGGGCAAAUUGCAGCUGAAGAAGUCCCAAAGAGUUUGUAUUGUCUCGGUGUUCGACUGACGGGUGAAUGGUUUAGAAAUGCGUAUUUGCAGAAGAAGCUGAAAGAGAAUCGGCAAACUGCUUUGAAGCUCAAAGAUAACAACUUGUAUCAUUUCUGUGUCUUCUCCGACAAUAUCCUUGCCACUUCGGUCGUUGUGAAUUCGACAUCUCUGAACUCUAAAAAUCCUGAGGAGAUUGUCUUCCACCUUGUGACCGACGAAGUCAAUUAUGCAGCAAUGAAGGCUUGGUUCACCAUGAAUACUUUUGGAGGAGUGACGGUCGAUGUUCAGAAGAUCGAGGACUUUAGCUGGUUGAACGCAUCCUAUGUUCCUGUUCUCAAACAGCUCCAAGACUCUGAGACCCAGAGCUACUACUUCUCCGGAAGUGGAGGCGACAAUCGGACUCCGAUCAAGUUCAGGAAUCCUAAAUACCUAUCCAUGCUCAACCAUCUCAGGUUCUACAUUCCCGAAGUCUUUCCUGCCCUGAAGAAGGUGGUGUUUCUUGACGACGACGUCGUGGUGCAGAAAGACCUCUCGCCUCUGUUCUCGCUCAACCUGAAUGGAAAUGUCAAUGGUGCAGUCGAGACGUGUAUGGAGACGUUCCAUAGAUACCACAAGUACUUGAACUACUCCCACCCUCUCAUCCGGGAGCACUUCGACCCUGACGCCUGUGGUUGGGCAUUCGGGAUGAACGUGUUCGACUUGGUCGAAUGGAGGAGAAGGAACGUCACCGGCAUCUACCACUACUGGCAGGAAAAGAACGUCGACAGGACUCUCUGGAAACUCGGGACCCUCCCUCCCGGUCUGUUAACCUUCUACGGAUUGACCGAGCCUUUGAACCCAUCCUGGCAUGUGCUGGGCCUAGGAUACACGAACAUCGAUCCACACUUGAUCGAGAAGGGAGCAGUCCUGCACUUCAACGGGAACUCGAAGCCCUGGCUGAAGAUCGGGAUGGAGAAAUACAAGCCUCUUUGGGAUAAAUACGUCGAUUACAGCCAUCCGCUGAUGCAGCACUGCAACGUCCAUUAGAUUCGUUCGAGAAACCGGGAUCUCUCUGCAUUUGCAAAACCCAAGUUUUGAAGCCGGAUUGUUUUGUACACAUGGGAUGGUCAGUAGCAGCCUUGCAGGGUAAGUUUAUUUUAGCCAUUGAUGUUUUAGUUAUUACAAACGUUUGUUGAGUUCAUUGUUGUAAUAUAAUGUUAAGCAAUAGCAUAUACUAGUUUCUUGUUUAAUUAA